CUGGCUCUUUCUCUAUUUGCCAGCAGGAUUCUGGAGGACUCCACUUGCGGAAACAGACGAACAUCGUUUCUAACAUACGCUUGAUGUGGCGGUCCUAGCACCGAGGUCGCCAACUGUUUUAUCUUUUACGGGCAUAGCUAGUAGCUUUGAAUAAUUCAUUGUCGGUGGCAUUCAUGAAAUAACUUCAAAUUCAUAGCAGGAUAAAUAAUGAUUUCACCGUGGGACCGGUGGUACUCGACGAGCUGCUGCCUUUGCUGCCAUGUACGGACGGGCACCAUUAUUCUGGGAAUAUGGUAUAUGCUCAUCAACGCGGUGGUCCUACUCAUCUUGUUGUCGGCUCUCAAUGACCCAGUUCAAUACCGCUACCACCUUACCAGCUCUGAGCUGGGAACUGACAUUGAUGUCAUGGACGAUGCAAAUAUCUGCAUAGCCACUGCAAUAUCCCUCCUCAUGAUUCUCAUAUGUGGCAUGGCGACAUAUGGUGCUUACAAGCAACAUGCUGCUUGGAUCAUUCCAUUCUUCUGCUACCAAAUCUUCGACUUUGCCCUUAACACACUGGUAGCCAUUAGUGUGGUCGUUUAUCCCAACACGGUGCAGGACUACCUCCAGCAGCUGCCGGGGACAUUCCCUUACAAAGAGGACAUCAUGUCCACCAACAACAUGUGCCUAGUUUUUGCAGUUCUCCUCUUCAUUGGCUGCAUCCUCUCCUUCAAGGCCUACCUGAUUGGCUGUGUGUGGAACUGCUACAGAUAUGUGAGCGGCAGGGGCACCACGGAGGUUCUGGUUUAUGUCACAACCAAUGACACCACGGUUCUGCUGCCGCCAUACGAGGAGGCCAUUGCCAUACCACCGAAGGAGCCCCCUCCCCAGUAUAUGGAGGCAUGAGAGAUGUCCUCGAUCCUGGACCCCAUAACCCAAACACCUACCACAUCUCCCUCCAACGCUGCCUGGAAGAUGUUGAAAAACAAGACAAAACAAUGUCUUAGAGGCUGGUUUCAUCUUGGAUACAUGCCAACCUUAGAUUAGAUAAGACUGACCCUGAGCCAACAACUCUUCUUCCCCCCCCGCCCAACCACCACCACCACCCUCCUGGUUGUUGUGACGUGUUUUCCCUCUCUCGUUUCCUAUGUCCUCCUCCAAGGACAGUAUCGCAGCAACUCCAACCGCUACCAACCGUCCCUCUUGGCAGCUGGUGUCCCCUGGCAGCAUCUAAACUCUUGCAUGCCCUGAACACUCUGUCCCUACUUAAUUUGCACUUUUCUUUGAGUAAAACGUGCACCGGUUUGGCCACCAACUGUUAACCCCCAAUACUGUGAAUCUCCCUCGUGGUCUUUGUCUAGAAACAAACUACCUGAAGAGAGAUAGUGACAGAGAGCGCAAGAAGGAAUGCGACAGUUAUGCAAGAGCACUUUUUUCCGAAAUUGACAAAUUCCUUCAUUGAAUGUAACGUUGAGGUAUUUUUGUAUGACUUUUUUGUAUAACUGAAAACUGAGUGAUAAGAAGUGAAUAGUGAAAGGCUGUCCUGUUGUGAUAUCAUCUAAGUACUGAUGUGGCUUGUCCUGCAGGUAAUCGUAUUGACAAAGGCUCCUCGACCAAUAACAACCACGUCUUCCUUUUGUAUCCAUGUAACACACGGUCUGUAAACCUGUAAUCCAUUGACUGCUAGUGAAAAACCUUGUUCGCCCAUUGAUUUCAAACACAAUAUUCCAGUUUGCCUUCCUGUCCAAUUCCUGUCUGAUCCAAGAUCUCAAAAUCAAAGAAAGAUGUACUCAUCCAGUGAAGCACACAUAAAUGUGUCACACACUACAGAGUAACAUCCAAAAAGGCAAUACACAUUCUGUAAUAUCUAAAAUGUGUAAACAUUAGUGUCUGAAAAUGUUUCAGUUAAGACGUCUGCCGUGUGUUCCCGUCAAGCUGCAGCUUCAACACUAUCUUCUGUGUCUUUAUUGUCUGUGUUUUUUUUUACAUGGAUUAUGGUGUAUAAUCUGAUCUUUUUAGAUGAGCUAAUUUAGCUGGACUGAGGGCAUUUUCCUAUUAAGGCGGCGCAACAUGCUGCAGAGCCUGUAUGUUUGUUUGUGUGUGUGCGUGCGUGUCUGUAUGAUGUAUCUCCUAGGUCCUUUUAUAUGUAGUAACAUUUCCUUUGCACAUGCAGCAAUAUAGUUUUGAGAUGUUUCCUGUGCUGGUGACCUUUUUUUUUAAAUAAACCAUGGAUGGGAAUCUAAAGCAUUGAUUUAGCGUAGUAGCACAAAAUCAAUAUACAGUAUAUGAAGCUAACGAAACUAGAUGCUAGUUGUUUGCCUCGAACUAUUCAGGCAAUUGUGAGAAAUAAUGGAACAAACUAUAUUAGACAUAGCUAAUCCCAUUCUUUCCAAUAACGAAGUAUAAUCGUAAAUAGUAUUUGCUAUCAACAGAAAAACAAUCAGAGUUACACUUUAUCCUUCAGACUAUGCAACAGUGCAUCAACAAUUUCUUUGACCUGGAAAUACACGUACCAUGAAGUAGUAUUCCAUUUGAUAGUAAUAAUGUAGUUGAUAAUGUAGCCGUUUGUUGCCCCGAUCAUCACUGUCCCUGUGUGAAUUGUGACCAAUGCGUUUGCAAAUCCAACAAAGUUGAAAAUGAAAUUGCACUUUAAAGUCAGCAUGAGCUCACUGUGAACUGAUGUGUUUGUUUUUAUUCAUCUUUACCAUGGUAUGCUGUAGUGGUUCUAAAUAUGACCAGGCACCCUUUUCUGGCUGAUACAAAACUUAAAGAAAUCAAUAUUCACAUUGUGUGAUGAUUUUUAUGGGACUGAAUGAGGAUUUCAGCAGCUGGGUUUAGAGAAAAAAAAGUCUUAUACAGUAUGUGGACCAGAGAAUUGCUGAUACCUCAUUUUAUUAGACUCACUUCCAAGACUUGUUUUCCAUCGCUUUCAAUUCACACACGUACUCUUGUUGGAUCUGCAUAAGCUCAUGUCUUCAAUUCUGAACAAUAAAAAGCUAUAUCAGUUGG